AUGGGAUCUACAAAUCUUGGUCUCAUCGUCAUCGUCUUCGUCUUCUGCGUCAUCUCUAAUCUACAAACGAUGGUUCACUGCGACAACAUUCAAGAUUUGGACGAUCUGAUCCGUUCAUACGCGGCACGUGCCACUACUAGAAGAAGACACACAGGUUCGUUAUACGAGAUUUCACUUCCGUCGAAUCUCUCCGACAUCAAUGCAUCGGUUGUUACGGUCCGUAACAGUAUGUUCUGGAGAAAAGGAGCAAACGUUAGUGGAAUUCACAUUCCUACGAUGGUUAAAACGACGCCGUACGCUAAGAGAAUAGCUUUGGUCUACGAGAGAUACGGUGAUCACUCUUCAUCGGUUUACUUCCGGUUAGCUGAUAAUUACUCUUUCGUUUCUCCGGUUAUUGGAUUCAACGCUUACGACGCGACGAACACGAAUGAUCUCAAAAAAUUGAAUCUAACCAUCAAGAGAGACAAACCAAUCUUGAUCAAAUUCGAUUCUCACGUUGAUGAUCCUCAAAUUAGAAGAAUCAAAUGCAUUGCCUUCGGAGAUAAUGGGUUGUGGAGUUUCAGCAAUACGACACGGAAUCACGAAUGUGCCACUACGAGUUCUCGUGGGCAUUACGCGCUUGUAGUACUAAACCAGAAUCCCAAACCGGAAUCGAAACCGGAGUUGGUGGUUCGGAGGAGGUGGUGGUGGUUUGCUUUAGCCGCGAUUGGAGUGUUGGUUAUCGUUGUUUUGUUGAUCGUUGUUGUGGUGAAGUUAGUGAGGAAGAAGAGGUUAAGAGAGAUGGAGAGAGAGUCGGAGAAGAGUGAGAUGAUCGGAAAUGUUUGGAUCGGUCGGAGUAGAAUGCCGGCGGCUGCGAUGGUGAGAACUCAGCCUUGUUUGGAAUAUAAUGAAGAAGAUCUUCCUUCUUCUUCUUCGAAUAUACCUUGA